UCGUCUCCGCCCCCGCACCCUUUUACCCCGCUGUCUGUCGGUCGGUCGAACGAAGUAGCAACCGAGAAUGGCAUUUAUGCGUGAAAUUGUAUCAGUUUUUGUGUGAACAAGUGCAUAUUUCUCAUAAUAACAAGGUGUCGUGCCGACCUUUAGUGUUCUAGUGCAGUUACAGCUACAGUCGUGUUCGAUAUGUGUCGUACGAAAGCUGUGGAAUGUCGAAGAUUUCGUGAGUGACUAUCGGAUCUCCUGUAGAUUUGGUUUCAUUGUGCCAAGCGAUAAUGGGUCGACUUCCCGCUAACAUCGUUGGAAUUUAAAACAUUUGCUUAGUCGCGUAGUGAUGGAUGAGGGUCUACUGAACGACCUUUUGGAGUGCUCAGUGUGCCUGGAGCGGCUCGACACCUCCUCGCGAGUGCUACCCUGCCAGCAUACCUUCUGCCUCAAAUGUCUCAAGGUCAUAGUAGACUCCCACAAGGAGCUUCGAUGUCCAGAAUGCAGGGUCCUGGUGGAGACGAAGGUGGAGGAGUUGCCUCCGAACGUGCUCCUUAUGAGAAUCCUCGAGGGUAUGCGGAACUCUGCGCCGAGGAAACUUGUUGGCAACCAGAGAACGGCCAAAAGCGGACAUUCACAGACAUCUUCACAGCUUCAGCAGACACGAGGCGAUAAGCAACAAAUUCCUCCACACGCAAGAGCCAUAUAUGACUACAAUUCUAAGGAGCCACAGGACCUUUCGUUCAAGAAAGGCGAAACGGUACUGUUGCAAAAGAAGCUGGACACGUUCUGGUAUCAAGGAGAAAGUUCUGGCCGUACAGGCAUGUUCCCUAUCACUUACGUGCAGGUGAGUGCUCCCUUGAACAGGCCCGUACCACCGCUGCCCGACCCCGCCAGGGCCGGUCAUUCCGAACAUCGGCACCACGCACAGCACUCCCACCGCUACCAACAAAUGUCGAUGUCAACGCCGACAACCGUGCAAUCAAACUUCCAAGCAAUGGCGAACAUGAGCCAGUCUCACCCCAACUACCACGCUCAACUUGUCCCCCAGGCCCCAAUUCUCGUCCCCUCCCAACAAAACAUCGGGGGCCUAGUCACCACCACAGCUGUACCCAGAAACAUCAUGGAACCAACCCAAACGAAGCAACUAGACCUCAUACACUUCAACAUGCACAGCAAGGGAACAACGGCAAUACAAAGCGUCUCGCGAAUAGGAGAAAACUUCCGUACAGUCAAAUUCGAUUACACACCAGUACACAAUGUCGAAACUACAUAUCAAAAUGUUCGCACCGAGCAUUUCCCUGUGGCAAAUUUUAACAAUAUCAGUUCUGACUCCAGUUCUAGCAUGAAUACUCCGUCUGUAGGCGUUAGUUCUACGACAACACCUAACACUAGUUCCAACACAAGCACUUGCGAAAGCGCAGAACCAAGCUUACCAAGCUCACCCGACAAUAACACCGAAAGAAACACGACGGUGAUUGCCACACACGAAGAGGAAGCUACUGUGGAAAAUUUGGACGCAUCGCUGAACACUUCUAUGGGCGUUUUGAGUUUAAACGAAAGUUCUACAGCCACUAACACAUCAUUGAACGUGAGUUUACCACCAGCCGAGAGUCCACAAUUGAAUGCGUCGAACAAUUCCAACGUGGAGUCAAUAGAGCCAACUCAUGAUGUUCCUUCGUCGUCGAAAAUCAUACGGUCAAGUGGUCCGGAUUCGUUGUUGAAUUUCGGUCUCGGGCUGCAAGCUGCGUUGUCGCCGAGUCAUGCGAAGGAGGGGUACAUGGCGCGUGCGCAUAGAGAUCACCACCAUAGAGAAAAGAGGCACAGUUUGACGCCGUCGUCGCAUUUACAGGGGAAUCAUUCUACGCAAAAUCGACAUUCUGCGGAAAUCCUCGCCACGUCUCUCCUGGACCACACGCCGGAGCGUGAUCGAGACCGAGAACGGGAACGGGAGCGGCCUGAACGCGAGCGGGAGCGGAGGCGGAGGCGUGAGCGGAGCGAUGAGCGGCCGCUGCCCGCCACUUACAUCGCACUUUAUCCGUACAAACCGCAAAAGCCCGACGAACUCGAGCUCAAGAAAGGAGCCAUGUACACGGUGACGGAGCGUUGCCGAGACGGAUGGUACAAGGGAUGUUCGGAGCGACCGCAGCGCUGUGGAGUCUUCCCUGGCAACUACGUCGCGCCUGCGCACAGCAGGCCGAAGCACGACAAGACUGUGGCAGCGCCGGCAGCACCGAGCGUGAAGCCGACCCCCAUUCCGGCGUCCACGCCCCAAGGCGCCCCUUCCGCGACGGCGCCGCCCGACGCGCCGCCACGCGCCAACAGCCCCGUCCCCGCAGGCCAACCAGUGCCGUACCCGUGGAGUACUCAGUCGUCUGCGCAACCGCAGCACAGCACGCCGAGAUCAGAAAAGGCAAAAGAGAAGACAAAGCUGGAGAAAUCCUCGAUAUCAUCCGGAGUAAGCUUGAUGAAGCGACUGGCAGCGAUGAAAAAGUGCAAGUCUCCCCCACCAGCGUACAGCAUGGACAACCCGGUGUUCGAAGAUGGACCGACUGCUGCACCUGGACCUAGUUUGCUAACGCAUCCAUCACAUCCAGUACACGUUAGGUCGGGCUCGUGUCCGUCUCAGCUGCUGCGCGCGCUGCCCGCUUCGGAGCGCCUGCGCCACAAAGAGCGGCCUUCCAUCCUCGUCGAUCACCAUCGCCUCGCGCACAGAGCGGCGAACGAGAGCCCUUGGCAGACCCAACACCGUAAAUCGCAGUCACUCGACGUCACCGCCACUAGAAGGGACAAGCACCACUCGCAGCCGGUCAAAGAGAGAUUUCGGUGCAUCGUUCCAUAUCCGCCGAAUUCCGAAUACGAACUUGAGCUCAAAGUUGACGACAUCGUAUUCGUACUGAAAAAACGCGGCGACGGCUGGUACAAAGGGACAUUGCAACGUACAGGACGCACCGGACUCUUCCCCGCUUCAUUUGUACAGAGCUGCCCGCAGGAAUGACAACGGCCAACACCUAGUAGGUUUGGGACAUUAUUCUAGUGUAGAUAGAAGUGUUUAACUUUAUUGGAGAGCUGUGCAGUAUGUAGGAUCAAUUAUCGCCCAUAGAUUUCCUUUUUUGUGUACUAUUACUACUGUACAAAGCCUUUUUUUAAAGUGGAUUCGUCUUUGAAGCGUACUCUACUAAAGAUGCGCAAAUAAUACCAUAGACUCAAAAUGUACUAGAGUAACAGACUAAUAGAGCGUGCGAUCAAGAAACGAUUUUUAUAAUGUCUAUUUCCUAUGUGAAAAAAGAGAACGCAGUCUUUUGUCAAUUAAUAUCCU